AUGAUUUCAUUUCUCUUUUUAGCUUAUGGAGCCGCAGCAUUUCCUCCACAAGCGACAAAUGCUGCUCAAGGAAAUACUGAUCCAAACGCAUCUGUUGCUGUAGCUGCAACUUACCAGCAGUAUGAUCCGGCGGCGUUAGCACAGUACCAACAAGCAUGGCAACAGUAUUAUGCAGCAGUAGGCCAGGCAGGCAUGGCGGGCGGAGUUCCAGGAGUCGCGCCACCAGGGGCAGGGUCCGUACCAACAGUUGUGCCACAGGGAGUGCCGGCAGCUACAGCUGAUCCAAAUGUUGCUCAUAAUUAUUCGGGGUAUUUUGCGCAAGCAGGAGCUCCUCAAGUACAAAAUGGAGCAUCAGCACCAGCGUACGGUAACGCUUCAGCUCCAGUUUAUGGUGUGCCACAGGGAGGUAGAAGAGGUGCAACACAACAUAGCGGUUCUGUGACUGGCAAAAGUGCUUAUGAUUAUGAAGAUGACCAUGGUGGUCGAGGUGGUUAUGGAGAUAGUGGUGAACGUUACGGUGGUCGAGAUGAUCGAGGGGGUCGUGAUGAUCGUGGAAGUCGCGGCGGUUAUGAUAGAGAUCGUGGUGGCUAUGGAGAUAGAGACAGAGAUCGUGGUAGUCGUGAUGACAGGGUUGGACGAGAUCGUCCGAGUCGUUGGAGUGAUGAACGUGAUCGUGGUGGAUCUGGCGAUGAUUAUCGGGGAGGACCGGGUGCUGGAGGCCCGGGCGCUCGUGGAGGCUAUCAAGAUAGAAUUGGGCCUCGUUCUGGUGGUGGGUAUGGAGUUGGAUCACGUGAUGACCAAGUCGAAGUUCGAGAAACUGUCUUUAUCCAAGGAAUACCUGUGACAGCAAAUGAGCAAUUCAUUGCCGAUGUGUUCAGUACUCAAGGAGAUAUAGCGCGUAACGAACGUACUGGUGAACCUCGGAUUAAAAUUUAUACUGAUCGUGAAACAAAUCAACCGAAAGGCGAAUGUACAAUUACAUUUGUUGACGCAAAAACUGCUGAACGAGUAAUAAAUGUUUAUAACGGACAGUGUUUUCCUGGAAGUGAACAAUGCAUGAGCCUUAGUUUCGCAAAAUAUAAGACAGACAUUUCGCGAGGUAGUGGAGGUAGAGGCGGCCGCGGCGGUUUUGGUGGUGAUCGUGGAGGACGUGGCUUUGACAGAGGUGGAAGAGGAGGCGGUUUCGGUGGUAGAGGACGAGAUGAAAGUGGAUAUGGAAGCGGUGGUGGAGGUCGUUACAGUGAUCGUGAUGGCGGUGGACGUGGUGGUCGUUUUGGUGGGGGUGGACGAGGUGGUUUUGAUGAUCGAGGAGGCUAUGGUGACAGGGGAGACCGGGGAGGACCUUUUGGCGGAGGAUUCGGCGAUCGAGGAGGACGUGGGGGUGGCCGGGGUGGAUACGGUGGGCCACGUGAUGACUAUGGUAGAGAUGCUCGUGGGGGAGGGAGAGGUGGUCGUGGUGGUGAUAGGGGUGGUCGAGGUAGCGACAGAGGAGGCCGUGGAAGAGGACGGGGUUCGGGGACUGGAGCUAAUACGGAACCACGACCCAACGAUUGGUCAUGUGAUAGCUGCGGUAACACAAAUUUCGGUUUCCGACAAGAAUGCAACCGAUGUCAUGCUCCUCGACCUGGUGGUGGCGGUAGUGGCAUUGGACCAAUGCGAGGCGGUGGUGGACGAGGACGUGGCGACCGAUCAGCUCCCUAUUGA